UGGACUCCCGCGGCGACAGCGACAGCAGGAGCGGCGAAGCCAGGUCACCUACAUCCGACCUCAACAUGGCAUUGCAUGAAUGUAUGGCAGCUUUGGAUCUAUUUCUUAACAACAAGUUCUCGGAUGCUUUGGCUUCCUUACAAGCCAAAACUAAAGACAGUAUGUACCAUGCACUCACCUAUGCCACCAUACUGGAAAUGCAAGCUAUGAUGACAUUUGAUCCUCAGGACAUACUGAAUGCAGGAAACACAAUGAAAGAAGCUCAAGCCACCUGUCAGAAAUUUAGGAAGAAAUCUACAGUAGCUGAUUCCUUCAACAACCUUGUGCAUAGACAGAGUCUUGAACAUUUUACUGAAGAGGAAAUCCAUGCAGAAAUUUGCUAUGCUGAAUGUUUACUUCAAAGAGCAGCACUCACAUUCCUACAGGAUGAGAAUAUGGUUAGCUUCAUAAAAGGAGGCAUCAAAGUCCGAAACAGUUACCAAACAUACAGGGAGCUGGACAGUCUCAUACAAUCUCCACAUUAUGUCAAAGGCGAGAACCAUCAUCAUUUCGAGGGAGGUGUAAAACUUGGAGUUGGAGCAUUUAAUCUGACAUUGUCCAUGUUUCCUGCACGAAUUCUCAGAUUACUGGAGUUUGUUGGAUUUUCUGGAAACAAGGAGCAUGGUCUGCUGCAGCUUCAAGAAGGAGCGUCGUCGUACAGCUUUAGGUCGGUGCUGUGUACCAUGCUGUUGCUUUGCUAUCAUACUUUCAUGACCUUUGUGUUAGGGACAGGAAAGGGAAACGUUGAAGAGGCAGAAAGACUGCUGAAGCCUUACUUGGCUCGCUAUCCAAAGGGAGCCAUAUUCCUGUUUUUCGCAGGCAGGAUAGAAACCCUAAAGGGUAAUAUUGAUGCGGCGGUCAGUAGGUAUGAGGAAUGCUGUGAGGCUCAGCAAUACUGGAAGCAGUUUCAUCACAUGUGUUACUGGGAGCUCAUGUGGUGCUUCACCUACAAGCGCCAGUGGAAGAUGGCCUUCUUCUAUGCAGACCUGUUAAGCAAAGAAAACACUUGGUCCAAGGCUACCUAUGUUUACAUGAAAGCUGCCUACCUCAGUAUGUUUGGACCUGAUGACUGCAGUCCUUUUGGAGACAAUGAAGUUGAAUUAUUUAGGAGUGUUCCCAGUUUGAAACUGAAAAUUGCAGGGAAAUCGCUGCCUACGGAAAAGUUUGCCAUCCGUAAAGCUCGACGAUAUCUUUCUUCAAACCCUAUCCCUUUGCCAGUUCCACCUUUGGAAAUGAUGUAUAUUUGGAAUGGCUAUGCAGUAAUUGGAAAAUGCCCAGACUUAACAGAAGGAAUGUUAGAGACUUUAAUUGAAGCAGAAACAGCAUUGGCAAGAAGUUCAGCUACCGAGUUACUAGCAGAUGACCAGUGCGUGAUAAAGCUGUUAAAAGGUUUAUGCCUCAAGCAUUUGGGCAAGAUCUCAGAGGCAGAAGACCAUUUUAUUUACAUCCAUUUAAAUGAGAAGAAGAUAAAAUACGACCAUUAUGUAAUUCCAAAUGCGUUGUUGGAGCUUGCAAUAGUAUACCUGGACCAGGGAAGAAGAGAAGAAGCAAUAAAACUACUGGAGAGAGCCAAACAAAACUACAAGAAUUACUCCAUGGAAACAAGAACACAUUUCAGAAUUCAAGCUGCCCUGCACCAAGCCAAAUCCGUCCCAGAAAAUGGAGUGCACUCUGGAGCCUCAGCAGUGUCGUAACUUUUUCUUCUUUGAUGUCCUGUUUGUUUGCAAACUUGGGUGCACAAGAUUGCUGAUACUUCCGAUUUAUUUUUCCUUCUUUUUCAAGUCACUGAGAAACCAAAUCAUUUAAAAAUUUAAAGGCGAUGCAUAAAACAUUAAUCUAAUGUUUCGACAUGGCAAAAGAAAAAUCUUAAACCAACCGUAUCCCUUAGAAUUUGUUUUCAACAAGUGGCUUUUUAAAUACUUGCAUCUGUGUGGUUCACUUUCAUUCAUGUAUGCUGCUUCUUCUGUAAAUAAGAAAUUUGCUGGUGAAGAAAAUGAUCUCUCUUGUGCAGGUAUCUUGGCUUUUUCUUUAAUUUGAUCUUCAUGUCAAGCCUGUCAUUUGUAAUGGCUGAAUGAUUUUCAAGAAGCUUAGAGAGAAAAAAAAAUGAAGAUGACAGUAUAAAACUGCAUCACUUCUUCUGGGAGGACCUUAGGAGCCAGUUCUGUCAUUAUACUGAAUGUAAUUUGGAAUUUAUGUCCUAUUUAAAGCACAAGUCCUCGAAGAUCACUUAAGGAAUAGCAAUAUGCCACUGGCUGUACAAGCCAAGGCUGCUGUGACAGUCGAUUCCUUAAAACGCUUGUUCUUAGGCUCACCUAGCUGAGAUGCCGUGUUUAAGCAGAGAUCAAGUGGCAGUGGUUCCGUGGUAGGAGGGCUGGGUUGGAGCAGGCCCUCUUGGCACCGUGCUCUGCCUCUUUUCAUGGGGGGAACCUGUGAGGAAGGUGCUUUGGGAGGAUUGAGGACAGAGCAGAGGGUUGGCUCCUCCAGUGCUGUCUGCCAUAGAAUUGCCAAUUUUUUGCAAAACUGCUGAAGUCAGCAAUACACAAAUUUGCAACAUAUUUACUGUUCUUGAUAAGAAACUCAGUGCUUUUAUUCCUGGAAUCUUUGGGACAGGCUUCUACCUCCCUUUUGAAAGAGAUUCUUCCCCAUAACCUGUUCUGAUGUAUGGAGGUGGGAGGUCCUUGAGCCCUUUUUCUCCAGUGGAGAUGUUUGUCAGGAAGAUUCCUGUCUAUGUGUCUCUCAGUGAAUAUUAUUUCUCUAGUGACAGUUCCUAUCAGAAGAGAAAAUUAAUAUUUUAGAACUUUGCUUUUACCUCCCCUAAGAAAAUUAUGCUAUUUUAUAAUGCAAAUUCACUUGCAAGGAGACAACCAGCUGUUUCUCCACACUGAGAACUCGCAUUGUCUUAAAAGAGGCACCCUUCAUAAAAGUCUUCCCCAAUUAAAAUCACGGAUGAAUAAUGUGUUCUUUUUUCUUAAGAAGUGACUUUCUCAGUUCAGAUGAUCAUAAAUGAAAUUCAAUAUGAACAAUUCCACUCUUCACCUAUUGUGCAUCAAAAUUUAAGUGUAAAAAU